GUGUCUCAUAUAUGCCAUAUUCUAUUGGCGCUGACAAAAUUAAGCGUUUGUCGAGUCAUCUGUGUGUCUCACUUUGUCAAUCAUGUUCUACUUGCCUUGAGGUUUAUAAUGUUUCGGCCACCCCUUUCGAAAUGGCACAUAAUUAUGCGGGGGGUAACUUUAAUGCAAAGUAGACAAGUUGACAGAAUGUUUGUAACGGCAAAUAGCACCAUCGAUUGAAGUUAUUUCGCUCCCCCCACCAUCCAAAUAAGCACUCAUUUGUGCAGAAAUGCAAACCGCAGUUGCUCAAAAUGUAUCUAUUUUGUUUGUGUUGGUUAUAUGCGGAGAGGCUGAAAGCUGGAGAAAUAAAG